AUGGUCUCUGAACGAAGGUUUUCUCAACAAUCAUCUCAUUCUAUCAAGAAUUAUUUUAAUGGGGAUUUAACCACCCAUGAUGCUAAUAUCUUAAAUUUCAUCAGGCAACAAUUUACCGAAGAAAACAUCUUAUAUGAUUCUAAGCUCACUGAAGGACUUGCUAAACUGAAUACUGAACUUAAUGCAUGUGAUGCUAACUUCACUGCGGAGGCGCAGAGAAUCUUGUCGCUGAUUAAUUCUUUUACCACGAGACUUGAUGAAAUUGAACAAGUUCUUGAAUGCUACAAUAACCACUUUGAUCAGCAAAGUGAAACGAACCUAUCUGAAGCUUCUUCCAAUUCACACAAUUCCUCUAUUAAUUCUUCUUGUUCUAAUUCCUCUGCUAGUUCUUCAGGAAUUACAUUAACUAUCUGGACUUGCUUUAAACAGAUCUUUGAUAGGGAUAUGGCUCAGAGAAGAUAUACUUUUGACGAAAUGUGUUAUUCCGUAGCCAUGCGCAUUCGUGAACUUGGAGGAGAUAUUAGGCAAUCAACGAUCAAAAACUUUUAUAAUAGAAGUAGUAGUUGUAAAUCAAAUACUGUGGACCAAAUUGGUUCAUGGAUAGAUAGUAUGGAGUAG